UGGUCAAAUAUCUUCGUCGCUGGAUCGAUUAUUCUACGUGCACUGCAUUACAGUCCUCUGUUGCCUUCUUCGUCUUCUUCGUCUUCGACCCGCCAUGUUCAUAUUUCAAUCAUCGUCGAGUCGCUCUUUUCGAGUCACCAUGCACCUCCUCUUGGCUGUUACCUUCCUCAGUGUUGCUUCUUCUACCUCAAUCACACCGAGAGCUGGACCGAAACAACUGCCAGUCUGGUUGGGGCGUGUCGGCCAGCUUCGCGGCAAUGUUCGCUAUGAUGAUGUCCUCGGAUUUUCUAAGAAGACACCCAUUCAGUCGGGAGAUGUGCCCGUCAUUUUCUUUGGACAACACCAUGUCUUUUGGGUUGAUUUUGAUCCUACGACCACAACGAUGAAACUCAUCCCAUUCCCACCCGAUCAGAUCCCUCUUAAAGGUAAAGGCACUAGUAAAGUCACUUUGAACAGCAGACUUUUGGUGGAUUUGGGCCUGAGGAUCAAAUUUGAUGAGGUUGGGAGUCGUUUAUGGAGAGAAAAAGGCCUCGCACUCAUUUCUGAUGCGCAUUUUCCGCAACAAAUCGCUCAAGUGCUUGGUAUGAACCCAUCUGACAUUACCCUGCAAAACGACUUCGAUUGUUUUGAUAUCCUACUCGAUGCUCUUCACCAUGUCGGGGUAUUUAAACCUAGCAAGGCAUCAUUUAAAAAGUAUGAAGAAGUACAAGCGAGAUUCAAGACAGGAGUAGGGAUUUUUCAGGAGGUAGUACCCCCUGCAAAUGGUAAAGGAAUGAAUGCAGGAAAGUAUAUGCUAGGCUAGGCUAGGCUAAGCAGGUGUUGUACAAAAACUUGUCAAGUUGGGAGGUACUAAAGCUCAAUGAGACAAGUUUCAGAUGAGUAGUAUGAGUUUAAGCUCCUUAGAGUAAGAGCCAUGGCUAUACCCACCAAACAAGGACUUGGCGCGCAACCCACAUCCGAGGAAUGGAGGCGGGCAACAAAUUAGGGAUGUUCUCGAACAGCUGCCGUACCUCCCCGUUCCUUAGGACUUACUUGCUUGCGGUAAAUGAAGAGUUACAUAUCGAACGGAAGCGCCGA